UUUAUAUAGUUUAUAUCUUCAAUUACCAAAGUUUCAAUAGUAAUCUAUGGCACUGUGACAAAGCAAACAUACUGAUAUGGAAAAAAAUGUUGAUUUCAUUUCCAAUUGGUGAAUACCUAUUAAAGUGUAAUGGAAAUAUUUAAUCAUUGGAUUUUAAUAGGUUGAAAAAAAAAUCAGUUGUAGUUGUUGGUUUCCUGGCACUACUAUGUGAGAAAAAAAACUUUUUAAACAAACAUUAUGUCUAUUGCUUAUCCUGUACACAUGCCACAUGCCAAGGUAUGGUAAAUCAUUGUUAACUGAAGAAAUACUUGUUAAUUGGCACAAGUAAUAAUCCUUAACCAGGAUCUAGCACCAUUAUUACUGUUACAUUAAUGUACUUAAAAGCAUCACAUCUGCUGUUGUAUGACAUGACCCAACUGAAGUGGAGUUGAGAAACAAAAGCAGAUGGUAGGUAGAAGUAAUAUUAAGGUUGAUUGUUGCCAGGUAUGCAGUAUUUGCAGAAAUAUUUUUUUAUAUCUGCUAUUAGAAUGUCAUUUCUUUUAAGAAUAUUAGUGAUUAUAAAAUGCUUAACCAAAAUGCAAUCAGAGAUUUUCCAUGAUAUGGUUUUCUAAACUUUCAUUGAGCAUUCUGAAUAUAUGUAAGUAUUGAGAUUUAAUUGGUGGAAAAUAUGUAUAAUUUCCAUACAUAGUUAAACUUGUGAUAAGAGUAAGGUGACAUCCUCAACAGAUGAUAGUGGACAAUAGCAGCCUGAGGACUGAAUCGAGUGUGGCUACAGGAACGAGCAUCGUCAGUGGAAAGACAUACCCAUGCCCAUACUGCACCUAUCUUACCGCCAAUUAUGCUCACCUAAUGAGACAUGUCCGAAUACAUACUGGAGAGAAACCAUAUGCCUGCCCACACUGUCCUUUUCGUGCUACUCAAAAGGACAAUCUGAAGAGACAUAUUCGCAUUCAUACUGGUGAGAAGCCAUAUGCUUGUGCUUACUGUCCUUACACCUGUGCUGACAAGAGCAAUUUGAAGAGCCAUGUGUGGAAUCAUCAUAAGGUAGAACCGGAGAUGGGUGGAUAUCCAGGGCCAGGACGGAGAGGACCUCAGGAGGUUGACAGGACCUACACCAUGACUAGCAAGAUGCACCACUGCUCCUUCUGUGCCUACUCUACUAUAGUCAAGUCUAAUCUUAUAAGACAUGCGAGAAUUCAUACCGGAGAGAAACCAUUCUCAUGUUCUCAUUGUAGUUACCAGACAACAAUAAAAGAUAAUUUAAAGAGACAUCUUCUCACCCACACUGGUGAAAAACCAUUUGCAUGCCCAUAUUGCCCCUAUCGAGCUAUUCAGAAAGUUCACCUUUCUUCGCAUAUGAGAAGUCAUUACAACAGCGGGAAUGAAGUGGUGUUCAGUGGCAACGAGUUGAUGUCCAGGACAGGAGCUCCAGGAAUGGCACCUAUCAUCAAGGACACCAACACCUACAAGUGCCCUCAUUGUCCACACUCUACUCGUAAACUUACGGCAAUGAAACAUCACAUCAGAUCACACACUGGCGAGAAACCAUAUGGCUGUCCAUAUUGUCCAUUUAGAUCUGCUCAGAAAACAAAUCUCAAGACACAUAUUCGAUUGCACACUGGUGAAAAACCUUUUGCGUGUGAUCAGUGUACUUUUCGAGCUGUCCAAAAAAUUCAUGUGAUAAAUCAUUUGAAAAAGCAUCAUAUGGUAUCUAGUGACAUAAAUUUGAAGAGUAAAGUUUUAAAAUCCCCCCAUAAUCCGGGGGUCCUAGGGGCUGCUAAGGGCAGCGUCCCAGUAUGCCCCAGGAGCUCCGGCCAUGAUAUUCCUAGGGGCUGCUGGCCCCUGGCGGGGUCCAGGGGCAGCGUCCCAGUGGAGGACCAGGGGGCGAAUGCCCCCAGGAGCUCCAGGAUUUUUGCAGGGGCCAAUGUUCUUAUCAACUGGGUAACUAAGGAACUGCACUGUUUGUUCAUUUACAGGAAAUGUCCUCGAAACACGUUGAAGAAUUAUGAGAUAUCUGAUAAGGAGAAACUAUCAGUAACAGUAAAAAGUAUAAGUUACCAAAGAACUACUAAGAUACAAGCUGGGCAUCCUCUACAGGUUCUGUUGGGUGUGGAGACUGACCGCUCCCGAGGGAGUCACAUCAUGGGAGCUCCCCUGAGCAGUGUGGGCAUCCCUGGCAAUGAAGAGAGUCACGCAGACACAGGAGAUAGCCAGACUUCCUCUUUCAAGAUCCAUCGUUGCCCAAUUUGUCCGUACUCAACUCCGAACGGAAACCAUAUGCAGUAUCACAUGCGAUCACAUACCGGAGAGAAGCCCUUUUCCUGCCCGUUUUGUUCCUAUAGAGCUGCCCAAAAAACGCACUUGAAGACCCACAUGCGAACACACACGGGAGAAAAACCGUAUGCUUGCAGUCUAUGUGAUUUCCGUGCAGCUCAAACGGGCAACUUGAAAAAACACAUGGCAAAGCAUCACUGUUAGUUAUGAGUGUCUGAAGGUGUGUGUGCGCUCAUUGUGUACACGAUUCAUAUAAUUCUGCUUGCUCCUAGGACUGUUUUGCAAACUGCAGAAGUGACCAGUGUCGAUGUCGAGCAAGAUAAUUGGUUGAACUAUAGAACGGUCUUGCCUUUCUUUCAGGAAGGUAUUUCAGAAUUUGGGAAAGAAGUUUAGUUAAAAUGUUUUUAGAAGAUAUAAAGUGUUCGGGAUAGGCCGUCAAUCAUCAGUUAGUAUAGGAAGUAGUACUAUUAGAAAUGGAAGCGCAUGUAAGUGUAUGAAAACAUAAACUGUAAGUGCAUAUGCCAUGGUUCUACCUCGCUGUAUGUCUGCCUUAAAGUUUCAGAAAAUUAAA